GCCCGCCGCCGUUCUUCCUCUCGCCGACCUCGACAGCUAUUACACGGAGCCGCCGCCACCGCUACCGCCGCCGCCGACUGCAGUUUAGAGCGCUGAGCGGCUGCAGCUGAUCCUAGGCUUCGAUUUGAGGAUGGGGAAGGCGAAGCGAAACGGCGCCAAGUUCGCCGCCGUCAAGAAGAUCAUCAGCAAGAAGACCAUCAAGAAGUACAAGGACGAGGUGCUCGACCCUAGGAAGAAGGACACCGAGGCGGAGAAGCUCGGCCGGAAUGUGCCGCAGGUGUCCUCGGCGCUCUUCUUCAGCUACAACAUGGCGCUCGGGCCGCCGUACCGGGUUAUUGUGGACACCAACUUCAUCAACUUCUCUAUCCAGAACAAGUUGGAUUUGGAAAAAGGAAUGAUGGACUGUCUUUAUGCGAAAUGUACCCCUUGUAUAACUGACUGUGUUAUGGCUGAGCUUGAAAAGUUAGGACAAAAAUAUCGUGUGGCUUUGAGAAUUGCCAAGGACCCUAGAUUCCAGAGAUUAGCAUGCACACACAAGGGAACUUAUGCUGAUGACUGUAUCGUGGACAGGAUUACUCAGCACAAAUGUUACAUUGUUGCCACUUGUGAUAGAGAUUUGAAGAGGAGAAUAAGAAAGGUACCUGGUGUUCCCAUCAUGUACAUCACCCAGCAUAGGUACUCGAUAGAACGACUUCCUGAAGCAACAAUUGGUGGAGCACCGAGGAUCUGAUUUGCCCAUAACGGAGAAGUUGCGGAACAUGUCUGCGCAUAGGACCGAUACGUCAAAUAUUGCUAUGCUGAGCUGACCUAAUUGCAUUUACUUCAAAACUUUGUAACAACCUGACUGGGUUAUUAUUUUUAAAUUUUAAAAGAAAAGGACCGGCUUAGUUGUUGAAUGGGGAUCUUGCUAUUGUUGUGAUCAACGCUUUAAGCUUCUCUGCAUUGGAUAUGAUGAUAUCUGUGCUUCUUGAAUUAAUAAUAUGGUCCUAUGUGGUC